AUGAACGAGGAAAUAGACGAAUAUGAUAUUUACCAUCAAGAUUUUACGACAGUAUCUGAAUGGGAAGUUUUUAUUGCAAGGAUAGAGGAGAUUCUUAACGAAUGGAGGCUAUCCAAAGCGAAGCUACCUAAACCGUCCGUGGAAUACACAAAGAAGUGGGUAUGUAAAUCGGAAAAUAUUCGUCUGCACGAUCUCAAUUUCACACUGUCGUAUCAUACGCUAGAACCGGUCGAUAAACCAUACACAACAGAGGUGGCUGGUAGUAAAUGCUUAUUACAAGAAUUGCAAAACAACCUUUGGGAUUCAACAUCGAACUUCAUGGAUGACGUAGAUGGCAGUCAUUUUCCUGUAUCUACAUGGUACGGCCUAAAAAGGUACUUAAUGCUGUGCCCUAUUUCACCACUAAUAGAAGGCAGUUAUAUAAAGUUAGUUAUGAGUUCUGUGAAUAUUGCCUUUGCUAAUGUUGAUUGUGGAGUUCCUAUCUUCGUUAAAAUCCGAGAGCAUUGGCAGCACUGUUAUCUGGGCUUGUAUGAAGACAAUGAACAUAAAACUAACUUUGACACAAUACACUUGAAGAGAAUUUCGAACCAUUGCUCCCAUUUAAGCGGCUUAAUCAGUUUGUUUAAGUCCAAAAUUGCUUCCCCAAUAGCUCUAGAUGCUGUUAUUAUUUCUGCGAAACUAUCUUAUGAAUUAAAAGACUUUGAGAGUUUUGCCUGGAGGAAAAUGGCUGUGACAAAUGAGUUUUUGUCAAUAGAAGGAUUUGAUGUUAAAAAGUUAACAGAAUUGCCAUUUGGUUGUGAGAAGAACCCUAUACACAGUGCAUUGUUGAAUGCGACAUGGCCCAAAUUUCGUGAGAGUACUAUUGUUCAUUGUUCUACAUACUCAGACAUUGAUCCGUUGAUGGCUCCCCACUGGACAAUUGUGUUGAAAAUGAGGGAAAAUAUGAAUUGUCAAUUAUCUGAGACUAUUGGUAAGAUGAUGGAUUUAUUGGAUAACACCAACUUGCUUAUGGAUACACUGGGUUUGAGUAGGAGUUUAGGGCUAAUGAAUCCUCUGCAUAAGAUCACAGAGGCUCCAACAACAAUUUCAAAGCUUGUGAAGGCGGCUAUUGGUCAAGGCACAAAUGUAUCUGAGUUUAAAGGGCCUAUAGCUGAUGACUUGUUGAUGCCUUUACUGUAUUUCAUAUUCCCUGAUGCUGUUGAGGAUGACACUUUUAAUUAUCCAGAGCAAUUGGAGGUGGAAAUGAAACAGAGUGACAGUACCCAGUCCAAACUUUGCAGUUACGUAAAAACAAGUCCUGAAGGUGGUCUAGUAUGGCGGCUGUCGGUCACGGCGGCGCGGCUACACGAUGCUGGCGGUCUUCCUUACCUCGCCCAUUUCUGGUACGAGUUCACACAAGAAUUACAGUACCGGUGGGAACAUAAAAUUCUAGUACCUGGUGUGGCCGACGGAACACCCAACGCGCGAACUUGCCUACUUCAUCAGAAACUGCAGCUCCUCAAUUGCUGCAUCAAACGAGCAUUAGAUGGAAAGAACAGCGUAACUGGUAACUCGUCUGAUGAUGAGUUCUUCGAUUGCUCAGACGGGGAGGGCGAGGAACACCCUCUUUGGGAUCGACCCGUUGGUCGCAUAGAAAAACUUGGCGACGCCACGCUUAAAAACGGAGCACCUCUUUACAUUCCACGUACUCAGGAUCCGGCGCCAAAAACUGAAGACCAGUUAGAAGAAGAUGCCGAAUUGAUGGUGCGCCUUGGCGACGAUGCGAAAGCAUCAGAACUACGCGCAAGAAUGAUGAGCGCUUCUUUGCUGUCCGACAUGGAAUCAUUCAAAGCCGCUAACCCUGGUGCUGAGUUAUGUGAUUUUGUGCAGUGGUAUUCGCCUCGAGAUUGGAAACCAGAUAAUGGUGGUGCGUUAGGAGAUAGGAUGUUGUUACCUGGUAACCCUUGGGUCGAAGCUUGGAAUGUAGCCAGACCUGUUCCAGCAUCACGACAACGUAGACUCUUUGAUGAAACUCGAGAGGCGGAGCAGGUUUUACAUUUCCUUCGUUCUCGCACAGUAAGUAAUGUCGUUGAACUGUUGCUCCCAGCUUUGUUACGAGCUGGAGCAAACAAGGCUAUGGAGGAAGGUGUGCCUGGAGCUAGUUCCAGUGUCAGCGGAUUGGAUAAAAGAAGAACUUUUGAGAUAGCCUCGAGAGAACUAUACGAAGCUGAGAAAGAAGCAUGUCGGUCGUUGUGUGCGCGGACGGUGUUGGGCGAUAGUGUUGAAGGGAAACCUUUGGAUGCAGCAGGAAGGACGAGAAUUUUGAACGCUGUGGGUGGAACUCUUCCGUCCCCGACGCGAUUUGAGUUCACACUCAAGGUUAAAGAUGCAGUAGCACCACAAGUGAUGCGGGCAGCUCUAUCAACCGACAUGACCAUCAUCGGAGCGUUUACAGAGCGCAUAGUUUGUUUGUAGCAUUAUUCGUAAUCACCACAUAGUGCAUGAUUACCAUUUCUAAGGGCCAAGUUUGUUAAUGCGUAGUGAUAGAAGCUAGUGUAGGUAGAUAAAAGAAAGUGAGUAUAGCAAUUGUAGUAGUUGCUUGUGAGGAUACAAAUAAGAGGCCAUAAAGUUUUAAAUCGAUCCACUGUAAGCCACAGCAUGAAUAUAUUAUAGAUUUUCCUUACAUAUCUGAAUUAUCUAGUGAAGCGUUAGGUAACUGCUUUGUACUUUAAUAAUAAUGUCUUAUAUGUAUACUAAUAUAUAAUAAUAAUUUCUUAUCUUGAUCCCAAUGUCAUUAUUUCUAGUGUAGAUUUUCAAAUUCGUGCUAAAUAACGCAGUGAUAUCUUCAAUUCUGCUUUCAUGUGUAUUUUAUUAUAGUUAGUAAAAAAUAAUGUUUGCCUUAGUCUUGCGAGCUCCAGACUUCGAUCGCAGCGCGACACGGUAGCCAUUAGGGCUUACAGUUUCGCUGCAUUUCCGCGUGUCUUGAAAAAAGACAAAUCUCGGUGCCGUUUGCCAAAUACCGGGAAAAACGAGACUUUCGAGACGACUUCAAAAGUAAGUUUUCAUACU